AUCCUGACACCCUGGUGGCAAAUGGGUCACAGCUCUCGGCCCGGGAGGGCGACUCCCUGCGGUUCCUCUGCUCCGUCGCCAGCAGCCCCCCCGCGGUGCUGGGCUGGGUGAGGGGGGGCCGAGCCGUCGAGGGCACCCGCUCCGCGGGGGAGAAUCAGCUGUGGCUGGAGCUGCCCAACGUGACGGCCGAGGACGGGGGGCUGUAUGGGUGCUGGGCCCAGAACAAGCAGAGCUCUGCCCAGGGGACGUUCCAGCUGCUCAUUGAGUACAGCCCCCGGCCGGGGACCGGGCUGAACUCAUCCUGCCAGCGCCAGGGGCCCAGCAUCAGCUGCAGCUGCUCCCUGCACUCCCAACCCCAGCCCCAGCUCCAGUGGCAGGUGGAUGGGGUGCCCCUGGCUGGGAACGGCUCACGGGGAGCCCUGCAGGUCAGCUCAUGGGCCCAGGGGGAUGAGGCCGUCAGUAUCCUGAACUGGACGGGGAGUGGGGAAGGGGGCCCCCGGAUCUUCUGCCUCGGCUCCAACCCCCACGGGAGCUACGCCGCCCUGCACUUUGACUUCAGCGCCCCGCAGAGAGGUGCGAAGGAGCCUGGCAGGCUGCUGGGUCUCGGGGUGGCCUGUGGGCUGGGGGUCGCCGUCAGCUUCUUCCUUCUUGGGCUCUGUGUGAUCAA